GGCUUUUACAGAGGGAGCCUCGCAGCAAACAGCACCUCUGUCCUCUUCUGGGGGGAAGUGAGGGACAGAAGCACUCGCUGCGGCUGCUGCACAUUCCUCAUUUAUGGUGGUGCAAAACCUGUGACAUUAAAACAAACUUUAUGUACUAUUAUAUAUUUUAAAUCUGAUUGGGAAUAACUGGACACAGACUGGAAUUGCAGUUUGCAAAUAAUUGUGGAGAGUUGGGAUUGUAUUACAUGAUUUUGAACAGCUUUUUUUGGAGUUGAUUUGUAAAGUGGCUUCUAGUGUUCACCCUUGUUGGAUCCUAUCUCUCUGUUCAGGAUGCCGGCUGCAGCUGGGGACGGACUGGGCGAUUCCCCCUCCAGGUUCCUGGCUGGAGAGAAACCUCCUAUUCAGCUGGAAGAGACUUUCCUCCCGGCCUGUGUGAGCACCGUGUCCCGGGAGACCCUGCGCACCUUCCAGCACACCAAGCGGGUCGGAAACUACCUCAUAGGCAGGAAGCUGGGAGAGGGCUCUUUUGCUAAAGUCCGGGAGGGAUUGCACGUAGUGUCUGGCGAAAAGGUGGCUGUUAAAGUUAUUGAUAAAAAGAAAGCUAAAAAGGAUACGUAUGUGACAAAGAACCUUCGUAGAGAGGGCCAGAUCCAGCAAAUGAUUAGGCACCCCAACAUUACCCAACUUCUGGAUAUUCUGGAAACUGAGAACAGCUACUACUUAGUAAUGGAGCUUUGCUCUGGUGGUAAUCUCAUGCACAAAAUAUAUGAGCAGAAACGACUAGAGGAGCACGAGGCCCGGAAAUACAUCAGGCAGCUAAUUUUGGCAGUGGAACACCUUCAUCGAGCUGGAGUUGUGCACCGAGAUUUGAAGAUUGAAAAUCUGUUACUGGAUGAGAACAACAACAUCAAGCUCAUCGAUUUUGGAUUAAGCAACUGUGCCAGUAUCCUGGGUUAUACUGAUCCAUUCAGCACACAGUGUGGGAGUCCUGCGUAUGCAGCACCCGAGCUUCUCGCAAGAAAGAAAUAUGGCCCUAAAGUGGAUGUUUGGUCUAUUGGUGUUAAUAUGUACGCUAUGUUGACUGGCACACUGCCGUUCACCGUGGAGCCAUUCAGCCUGCGAGCUUUGUACCAGAAGAUGGUAGACAAAGACAUGAACCCUCUACCCUCCCACCUAUCACCUGCUGCCAUAAAUUUUCUCCGAUGUCUACUGGAGCCAGAUCCCUUAAAGCGGCCAAACAUUCAGCAAGCUCUAGCAAAUCGUUGGCUUAAUGAUAAUUAUCAUGGAAAAGGACUUCACACUUUCACAUACCCCAACAGGAUUCAUCUUGAAGAUCUUAGUCAAAGUGUGGUUCUCCACAUGUCAGAAAAACUGGGAUAUAAACACAGCGAUGUACUUAAUGUAAUUCUCUCCAAUCGAGCUUGUCACACACUGGCUGUCUACUUCCUGUUUAACAGAAAACUGGAGAGAUAUUUAAUCACAAUGCGAAAACCUGACAUAAAUGAUAAUGUUUGCCACAAGAACCAGCUGCACCAAAUGGAAAAAUACAAGAUGAACAAGAACUCGUAUGAGGAAAGAAGAGCUAAAGAUCCCGAAAAGAGAGCGUUUCACCAGCGCGCAUCUCAGAAAAAGACGGACAAGUGCUCACCUUCUCACCGGCAGGUUGUCUGCCCCAUGACACAAGUCCACAACUCUAAACUUCCUUCUAAAGAAAGAAGAUCAUCAAAGUCUGAGCGGGAAUCAGUUGGAGGGUUAAGCCCUUUCCAUGAACCCAGGCUAGCCAAAACAGGAUGUGUAACUUCUUGUUCACUGGAGUAUCUGGAAAUGCAGAGCCCAGAUCCAAGGACCCCAAAGAUUAUGCGACGACAAGAUUCCCACUCUCAAGAAACUGUGAAUGUAAACAUGAAUGCUGGAAGCCGCUUAAGGGACACACACCACAAUGUUGUUCGUUCCUUUGAUUCUGUCAACCGAGAAGACCAAAUUGAAUCUUUAUCCCCCUCUCAUCAGUACAGAGUUUUGGGAUCUCCCAUAUCUUUCUCUCCCAGACAUUCAAGUGAAAGAAUUCUGUCACCAAUAUUUCAGUUUGACAACGCAAAUCCUGUGAAGGGUCUUAGUCAUUCCACACAAGCAUCCUUCACAUACGAAGACAAAAGCAGCCCAUCUAGUUCUGAAUCUAUGUCACCCACAUCUCCUCAUUCCCCAUCUUGUAACAAUAAUACUUCAGAGAAUUUAGGUAGCCCCAACUGUGUUAGAAGCCGAGGUAGAUUCCCCAUGAUGGGAAUCGGACAGAUGUUGCGGAAAAGAAGCCAAGUAGUAUCACCCAAAAUGGAGAAAUUAUUAGAAGCUCGAAUGCCCCAGUUGCACCAAAUGAGCCCGGGAUAUGCCAGCUUUAACUCUACUGAGAUUAAUGGGUUUUGUUAACUUGAUGAUCUUGAAACUAUGCUUUUUAACAGUGGCAUUUUUCUGAGGGCUAACUAAAAAAGGGCUGCAGUGUUACUAUAAUGAGUUUUUGGUUAUGGGAGACGUGAUAAGCCAGCAGUAUGUAAAAUCCUCUUGCAACACUGCAGCAGAAUUGCACUUAUUCUCCACUAAUUGACUGGAGAAAAUCACAUGACUUUCUGGUAUUCUUAUUAAGUUACAGUAGGGAUAUUGUAGACUGUGAACUUUUUGAAGAAAUUUAAGUAAACAAUGAGAAUAUAAGGAAUCAUAACCUGAGGACCCUAAGACUUUGCAGUCUUGCUUCACUGAUCUCAACGAAUAUUUAGAAAAAGGAACUAGGAAUGCCCUGGGAACAGUGUGUAAAUGUUAUGUGUGUCAUUGCAAAAUGAAAAUAAGCAGUAAUAUUAUUUUUUUUUUUUAUUAAGUACUGUACUUUUACAUGUUGAAAACUGUUAUUUUAAAAGCUGCUAUGCGACAAGACCAGUAAAUCGUCACACUUGACCACGUGGUUUUGGGGGCAAAGGUCUUGUUUUAAAUGAUGUUUACGAACAUCUUAUGUUAGGCUCACAUAAAGCUAUGUCUGAGUGUUGAAUUGCAAAAUACACUCUUUAAUGCCUGUGUCACAUAUACAGUUCUAGGGGUAAACUACCAAUAUUUUUAUUUGUUAAAUAACUCAUUAGUUUAUAUAACUCUCUUUAAAGGGCCAUAAUACCCAAAUGUUUAAACACUUGUAAGUGAUGCAGUAUAGCUGUAAAAAGCUGACUAGAAACUAUCACCUGAACAUCUCUAUGUAAAAAAAAGAAAGAUAUUUUACCUCAAAAGUUCCUCAGUAUCCACAUCCCAUUGUAAAGGGCUUCUAAGCAACAAAUCUGUAUGUCUGUCUUGGGACAGCGGAAGGAGCGAGCUUUUGUGCACUCUCAUCUUAUUUCCCUAUUCAGCUUAAGGAAGUUUACAAUGAAAUCUCAUGAGAGUUAAAGGGACAGUCUAGGCCAAAAUAAACUUUCAUGAUUCAGAUAGAGCAUGUAAUUUUAAACAAUUUUCCAAUUUACUUUUAUCACCAAUUUUGCUUUGUUCUCUUGGUAUUCUUAGUUGAAAGUUAACCUAGGAGGUUCAUAUGCUAAUUUCUUAGACCUUGAAGCCCUCCUCUUUCAGAUUGCAUUUUAACAGUUUUUCACCACUAGAGGGUGUUAGUUCACGUAUUUCAUAUAGAUAACCCUGUGCUUGUGCACGAGAAGUUAUCUGGGAGCAGACACUGAUUGGCUAGACUGCAAGUCUGUCAAAAGAACUGAAAAAAGGGGCAGUUUGCAGAGGCUUAGAUACAAGAUAAUCACAGAGGUUAAAAGUAUAUUAUUAUAACUGUGUUGGUUAUGCAAAACUGGGAAAUGGGUAAUAAAGGGAUUAUCUAUCUUUUAAAACAAUACAAAUUCUGGUGUAGACUGUCCCUUUAAGUUAAAUCUCAUGAGAUCACAGUAUAAGAGUUCAUGACCUCAGCACUGUUGAUGCUGAUUGACUGCUGUUCAUUUUUUCAUUUUUAUUUUUUUUUCUACCUGCAGCUGGGCUGCAGCUGAGUAUAACUUUUUACACAGAUCUUACUCUGGUGAGCUGAGGAAAUCGUGAGGUAAAAUAUCUUCCUUUUUUACAUAGAGAUGCUCAGGUGAUAUUUUCCUAUCGGAGUUAUACUGCAUCAGUUUCAAGUGAUUUAGCAUAUGAGUAUUAUGUCCCUUUAAGAGUUACAACUUGAAGCUUAUAGAAUCGAUCAUACCAGUUUUUAUUUAUUUAUUUUUUAAACAAAUCUUUGUUUUGCAGACCAGUUAAAGGCAGCAAACAAACAAAUCUUAUAUAUUGCUGCUAUUAAUUGAGAGAUGUAAUUGCACCCAUAAAGAGCUGAAAUAAAAAUAUGUGGUAAACGUUAGAGAUAUUAACCUAAGAUAAACUCAUGCUUCAAAAUGAGCACUGCUUCAAAAGGUAAAAUAUUAUUACACAAAAAAAAGUUAUGUUGAAGCUGUUUAAACUGAUUUUGAACUUAACAGGAAAUUUAUGUUUGUGUUGAAUCUGUCCUUAGGGGGCACAUUGUUCACCGGGAGAUCAGGACAACUCCCAAACCUCUGAUGGUGAACAGAGACGAACCUCCACAUGCAUGUAAACACUUUGUUUCUGCAGGAGAGCUGCAUAUAUUUUUUUUACAUUUUUUUUUUAAAGUGCUCCUUCAGAUUCAACAAAAUUUUUUAAAAAUCUUAAUGUCCCUUUAAACAAUGUUUUUGAACUAAAUUAAACUAAAUAAACCCCCCCACACACAAAUAUAAUUGAAGAAAUUGAUUUUUUUUUUUAUUAUUCAUGCUUUUUAUAUUUUUUACGUUUCCUUUUUUUUUUAAGCUGUAUAUAUUUGAAAUUAUUUGCUUACAGUUUUAAACAAGGUUUUGAUUAAAAUUGUAGCAUUUCAAGGCAGCUUACAGUGUAUAUUUUUUAUACCGUGUUAGUGCUAGGUUUUUUUUUCCUGUCUUGUGAGCAUGUUUUUUUUUUUUUCUUUCUUUUUUUUUUUUUUUUUUUUUCAAUGAAAUGGAGGGGAGGCUCUGUGACACAGAAAAAGACCUCAUUAAUGUUUGUUCACAUUUUAUGUUACACAGGUCAGUGAGAAUUACUACAUUUUCUUUUUUAUAUAUUGCUGUAGUUCAACAAGAAUUAUGGCUUUGUGAAAGGUUUGCUUUUUUUAUUUUAAAUAAUACUGUGUGUCACUUGUGUUAUUAUCCAUAUGCACAGCUCUCUGAAUCUCCUCUCCAGAUAUGUCAUGGGACUGCUAACCCUAGGUUUGGUCUGAACUCAUCAUUUUCUGUUUGCAUGGACAUAAAUUGUAUGUAUUUCAAUAUCUAACUGCUGUUUAAUGUGAGAUAAUACACAGGCACCCAGACUAAUCUAUAUUGAAAGGUACUCUUUUUACCCUAACAUUCAAUCUGCAUAUAAGCUGUAAAGAAAUGCAUAUAAGCAAUAUGCAAUUAAAAAGAUUGUAGCACAUUUUGCAACAUGAGAUGCGUCAUUAUUUGAGCAUUAUGGCGCUUUGCUUCACUCUGGCAAUGAAGUUAAAGUAGGGAGUACCUAGUCAAUAUGUAAAUCUUAUAAACAAAAGUCUUAUCAUUCAAGCAUUCAGAACACACACCUUUUAGCACAUUGCAGGGAAAGCAGCUGGAAUAUAUUAUGCUGAGUGUUUGGGAUACUAAUAAUACUCUGUUAUGCAUCUCUUACAUGCGCAAUCAGUAAGGCAUUCUUACUCUUUUAGGACAGAACUGUCAGCUGUUUUUGUGAAAUGAGGAACCUUAUUUCUUACUCUGAACCAAAGAAUGUUGUAGAAAAUUGUCAGUAACUUAGAAUGUGAACCUGUUACGUAAAUCUAAACUUAUUUCUUAUUGUAUAACAUUUUCAAACUUUUGCUGAGGAUGUAGCAAAAAUACAAUUUCUUUGAUAAAUUUGCUAUCCUUACAUUGCCUGUUUCCUUCUGUAAUAUGUAUGUUUAUACAGCAUUUAAGCUGUUUGACCCUCUGAUUAUUUAAUUCACAAGAGGUUUUUUGACUGUAAUUGAGCUGUUUUCAUAAAAUCACAUUUUCUUUACAAAAA